AUGGCCAUGCAGUCCAAAUUGCCAGUCAGAAUAAAAAGGAAAAUUUUAAGUAGUUCGGACGAGAAGCAAUGCUGCUGCAAGUUCUGGAAAGUCGAACUCGAUCCACCUAAUGAGGCCGGAGAUAAAUCAACUGUUACACAAAAGAUGAGCCUCUUGGCAAUAAAAAAAGAACUCCUAUCGAAAGUUACACAGACAGAUAAGCCCGAGGAGAUUGAAAGGAUCCCUUAUUCAGAAAUCAAAAGCAUUUUGCUGUCAAUUAAUCGUACCCUCGAAAACAUUCUGCACACGUUGCAAGAAAAAAAGGAAUUUUUGUACAGCAAGCUGGAGGAUGAUGUGGCAACAACAGUGGCCAAAAAGAGCAAAUUAAGAAAGGACAUGAAAAAAACCAAAAUGUCUUUACAGAUCGCCAGGAAAAUCACCUUUACUUGGCCAGAGAUUUCCAGGCUUAACUUUGGCCAGUCCCUUAUCCCCAAACAUUACUUGCAAAAGUACUUUCACGGACCGAUAAAUUGUUUCUCGAUGUCAAAUAACCUGAUUAUUUGGCCUAAAAAGUCAACAUUUCAUUUUCACACAAUUUCCGGCACAAAUGUGAAUUAUUUUCAACCGAUUACCAAACUGAUUCAAAGGAGGGCUUGUGGGAGCAUUUAUCCCACCCCUAUAUUCACCCUUAACAGACUAGAAGUAAAUAGGAGUAAAGAGACCAAGAGCAAGGAAAACAUGCUGGACAAUUUGUAAUUUAUAAUGGUAUUGUGAGAAUAUAGUAGAGUCAAUUACGUUAAA